UAAACAAAGCAAAACCCUAGCUACCCGUCUUCUAAAUACCACCAAACCAGCUGAACAGCGAGCGAAAGACUCUGUUUCAGUUCGUUCAAAAAUGGUGUCAGGAUCGGGAAUCCGCGCGAAGAGGGUGGUAGUAGACGCACGCCACCACAUGCUGGGGAGGCUUGCGUCAGCCACGGCAAAGGAGCUAUUGAACGGGCAGCACGUGGUGGUUGUUCGAUGCGAGGAAAUUUGCUUAUCAGGAGGAUUAGUGAGGCAGAAAAUGAAGUACUUGCGGUUCCUUCGUAAGCGAAUGAACACCAAACCCUCGCAUGGUCCCAUUCAUUUCCGCGCCCCUGCUAAGAUCUUUUGGCGCACUGUCCGUGGAAUGAUUCCGCAUAAGACGAAGCGUGGGGAAGCUGCGCUUGCCCGGUUGAAGGUUUAUGAGGGUGUUCCUCCACCGUAUGAUAAGAUGAAGAGGAUGGUUAUUCCUGAUGCUCUUAAGGUGUUGAGACUUCAGAGUGGACAUAAAUACUGCUUGUUGGGUCGUCUAUCGUCUGAGGUUGGAUGGAACCACUAUGACACCAUCAAGGAGUUGGAGAAUAAGAGAAAGGAAAGAUCUCAGGUUAUGUAUGAGAGGAAGAAGCAAUUGAACAAGCUCAGGGUUAAGGCUGAGAAGGCUGCAGAGGAGAAGCUGGGUUCCCAAGGAGAAAUACUAUCUGCUGUUACAUACUGAAGUUCUGCUGAUUAUCUAGUGGCUUACAAUUUUAGUUAGGAUCAGUAGUUGAUGGAUUUCUUCAACACUUCAAUUUUGUUUAAAUUGUUAGUAUUUGAAUCUUUAUUAGAAUAUCGGCAUUGUUUA